AUGUUGAACGGCAAUGGAUUGUGGAGGCGGAAACGGGAGAGGACGUACAGGGGCUUGCGCCUUUUUGCUGCACAAACUGUCGGAGGGUUGAGGCGCCGCCAAUUGCUGGAACCCAGGUACCUCCGGAAUUCCUACGCUGAAGGGAAGGCAUACACCAACAUGAAGUUCUCCAGGAGCCGAUCGAUGGCCACUGCUGUGGUGGCGCUCACGUGCCUCUUCAGCCUGGCCGCCGCAAGGCCGCUUGAUGUCUCCAGCUCCCGCCACCUCCUGCAAGACGGCGUCUGCCCUCCUCAAAUGACGCAGUGCUUCACCACCCCUUACCAGGCCCAGUACUUCUGCUGCGACUCCUCAGCCAAUCUGCAAUGCUCUGGCGGCCCCGAUUUCCAGUGCUCAAACUACAUCGACUCCAGUGCACCUCUGGUGCCAGCAUCGUUGAUCCCAGUGGUUCCGGGACUGGCAACACCGGCGCCUACCGCUGCUGCAAGGGCGGCAAGCGCCUCGAUCCCCUCUCCUACAGACGGUCCCAGCAACCCCUCUCCCACAAACGGCCCCAGCAACCCAUCUCCCACAAACGGCCCCAGUAACCCAUCUCCAACAAACCCCCCCAGUAAUCCCUCUACCACAAACCCCCCCAAUAACCCGGCUCCGACAAACCCCCCCAACAACCCGGCUCCGACUAACCCCCCCAACAAUCCGGCCCCUACCAACCCCCCCAGUACCCCCGCCCCCGCACAGGACAGCUCCUCUGGCGGAGGCGGUUUCCGCCCUGGUUUCGCUACCUGGUACACCGAUCCCAACAACGCGAACUACUUCCGCACCGCGUGCUACUACAACAACCCGGAGCAAAAGCCGGCCAACAACAUGAUCGUGGCGCUGCCCCCCCACAUCUUCGGAGUUGGCCCCGGCGCGGGCAACGGCCCCGGAUGCGGCACCUACUGGGAGGUCAAGUGCGUUGGCACUCUCAAGCGGAUCGGCGACGGGCUGUACCCGGGUAACGAGCGCGGGGCGUGCGCGACGGACAAGUCGAUCAUCGUCAAGGGCGGGGACUUGUGCCCGGAGUGCGAUGAGCCCCGUAACGACAUCUGCCAAGCGGCGGACCAGCCUUACUGCCCCGGGCCCGGGGGUUACAGCUCAGGCCAACCGGGGGAGCAUUUGGACCUGGCCCUGGCAGCUUUCCAGGUCAUCGGGAACAACCCCCCGGUCACUGGGAUCAUCAAGAUCCUCUUCAGACAGGUUGGCGCCGUCCCGGACAGCCAGCUGGGCGUACCGUUUUAAGCGCUUACCGGCUAUUUAUUACCGCCCUGUCGCUGCACUUUCAAAGAUGACACUUGCAGAGCAACGGAUGAGCUAUUAUUGGUCUCUUCUCGAGACUCGCUUAGCGCACGCCGGCUAGAUACUGGGUGAAGAAAACCGAACGGUGAACAGCAAUUUAUUAGGGCGUCGAUGUUGGGUCCAAGGAGCGUGCCACAAACGAUGACAUUCUUUACGAGCAAGCCAGCAACGUCUUGAUGCCGAGAACGGCUUUGCUUGAUGGGCGCACCGCGAUUAGUUUGUGCAAUUAGAUUCGUCAAUUAAGGGUCAACUUUAUCGUUGGCAUCCGCAGACGGUGCUUACAGUUUUCUACUGCCUAUUUAUGGGGGCCAAUCGUCUCGGGAACAAACAGAUUACAGCCGUUUAUUACUAUUCGUCAGAGUGGAGUACCAUUACUACGGACCAUUAUUGGACAGCAAGGUACAUUACACAAUUAGCAUUAAUUAAGGACACGAAAUCGACAGACGCGUCACGUCGGUCAUGGAUUGUUAUUUGGUCUAAGGACACAUGAGAACGCAGAACGUCGUAGGUCGAAGUAAAUAAAUUGGGAUUGCCAGGCGGCCUAGCUAGGUAAACACAGAAGCCUAAGCGAUCGCGCGCGGCCUAAGUAAUUGCAAAAGCUCUGCUUGUGUUCGCUAGCUGAAUCUCUGGCUCGAUUGUCAAUCAGAUAUGCGAGUCGAGUUGCAAAUAUAAGGUCAUUGCUUUUGUUUUCGCGGAUCCGAUGCCAGCCUGCCUGUUUUGUCCCGUAACUUUACAGUCUC